AUGUAUCCAUUAUACAACAGUUCCAAUAUUGAAUUAAGUAAAGAUGAUAUUCUUGUAGUACAAAGCUUAUAUGGGCAACCAGUUGUAGGAGAUGAUGAUGAUGAGGAAGAUGAGGAGACUGAUGAUGAAGAAAAAGAUUUAGAUCCUCCAGAAUUAUGUAAACUGAAUAAUAAAAUUAAAAACUUUCAGAUUGUCGAUCAGGUCCUAUAUAUUUACUAUGAGAAAUGGGUUUGGAUAAUGGAUUUGGAUAAUUUAGAUGUACGCACUAAACCACAACUUAUAAGUGAUUGGUUAACAUUUCUUCCAAAAGGAUUUAACGAUAUAACUGCUGCAUAUCAAAGACCAUCUGGAGAUGUUAUUUUAUUCAUUGACAACAAACUGUAUAUAGUGGAAAUACCCUCUUUUAGGUUAAAAUUUGGUUAUCCUACAUCUUUAACAUCUCUUUCAUUACGAAAAAAUGUAAUUCUACAUUCAGCUGUGAACACAUAUUCUGGUGAAAGCUUUAUAUUUUUUGAUGAUGUUUAUUAUGUAGAAAUUGAUGAAUGUAAGGGAAUAAGUAAAAAAUAUGGACGUAUUACAAAAGAAUUUUCAGGAAUACCUCCAGGUAUAGAAUCGAGUUUCAGAUAUACAAAUGGAUUAUUAUACUUUAUUUAA